CGGACGGGUCAGCAACACGGUUCCUGUCCAGACUCCGGAUGAGACGGUGAUGCUGAGAAAAUGGAGCGUCAGUGAGGUGGUGACGUCGGGGAGUCCGGGGGGCGGGGCCUGAGCCGGUCUCAUUCAUCACCAGAACACUUCGUGCUGCACCUGAUACCGCCAGCGGUACCGUUUGUUUGGACCACUAGGACCAGUCACACCAGGACCCCACCGCUGGAACCACACACGUUGUUGCAGAAUGAAGAUUGACUCCAACCUGACCAUUCCCCAGCCUCCAGAGGCCCUGUCCCAAGCUGGCCUUCAGUUUGAUGUAGCUACUGAAGAGGACUUUGAUGAAAUUAUGGCAAUGAGCCAGCACAUUUACGGGGGGCUGGACUACCUCCCUACCAGAUACAUUAGCUGGCUGCAGGAAACCAACCGCACAGUUAUAGUGGCUCGUAAACAGGGCAAAGUGAUUGCUCUGGAGUCGGUUUGUGUGAUAGAUGACGGGGAGACCAUGCUGGUGGAAGGUCUUCGUGUUGCUCCUGAAGAACGGGGGAAGGGUGUGGCAGGUGUUCUGCUGCGUUUUUGCUCUGAGCUGGUCAAAUCCAAGUAUCCAGAUGUUAAAGUAAGCCGCUUGACCCGGGAUGAUCAGCUUAGACCCAAGGACUUCCAAAAGUAUCGCAUCAUAACUAAGCAGGGCAUUCUGCUGGUUCGCUUCAGAGCUGAAGAUCUCAAACUGAGACUCUCUGACAUUACUUUGCACGACAGCAUCUAUCCCUCUUUGUCUACAUCCUCAUCCAGUCCCCCUCCUGUCCGUCUGGAUCAUGAAUCCAUUCACCAGCUGUAUCUGCGCUCUGACCUGAUGAAGGGGCUCCUCCCUAAUGCCACAGUCAUUCAGGACUGGCAGCCCUUCAAGCUUCUGCCCAGUAACUUCACCAUCCUGCUGAAGAAGGACAUCGACUGGAUGGUGAAUGAUGUGUCCAGUCCCACGGUGGCUAGCCUCUGCACCUUCCCCUUCAAGGUGCCCAUCGGAGAUAACUGGUAUUACCUGAACAUUGAUAUGUACGGUAAAGACCUGAACUUGGUGAAGCAGCAGUUCUUAAGCCAUCUAGAGUGCCACACAGCCACCUUGAAGGGUCAUGUGAUGUGCCAGAUGUUCCUGGACCCAGCUCUCUGGAAGCCCAUGGCUGAUUUCUGUCACAGCGCCCUGAACGUAGAGCUGGUGAAGGAGUACACCGAACAAUGUGUGGUGGAGUCAGAUGCAGUCUAACUCCAGGAGAUGGGUGGAAGGGUGAGGAUGGUGGAGGGGGCAAAAGUAUAGUAGACACAAUUAGAGUCAACAGAAACACAACGCAAAUGAAACCAGCUAUUUCUUUAACUUUAGAAUGCAGUAUUUAACUUACAGAUUUAAAUGAGAUAGAACAAAGAUCAAAACAUGAUGCAGUCUGAGACUGGUUUGUCUCAGAGGUAAGGGGGAGGGGUCGAAGGUCAGCAGGUAAUCACUAGUGCAACUUUAUUCUCUCAACUUACCUGAAAACAUCUGAAUUCAGAGUCCUCCAGGUUUUAGUGGUUUGAUCAAAACAACAAUGGUGAGUCAGUGUGAGUGAACAAUUAGUGUAGUGAAACAACACUAGCAUACAAACAUCAGCUUUUACAUGACUAGCUUACUUUGGGUUAACUUCUCAUGAAAUAAUUACAUAUGUGUCAUAAAUAUGUUUGAUAUUAGCUUUGUUACCUGAACCCUAAAAGGCAGUGGUGAACCACGACCCCUGUUCUCUCCGACCAAGACUCUGCACACGCGUAGCUUGGUAUCCCACUAAACGAAGAUAUUUUUCUACAGUUUGGCCUGUCAUCCAUAUGAAAAGGAAGAUGUACAGCACCAAAAAAGAUUAUUUCAAAAACUCUGACCACAGUGGACAUUUGUAAAUUCUCCGUUGUCAGCAUUUGCUUGUAGACAUUAAUAACAGCGUUUUUUUAUUGUCACUUACUGCGACAACAAUGUUCUGACAUGACACGUGCAACCUUUGUUUAGACUUGCUUGUUUGUACAAGCUCAGUAACUGGGGAGCUUAUGGUUGUUGGAAAGGGAGAAUUGGGUAAAAAAUAUCUGCAAACUGUAUCUUGCCAUUUGAACUCAUGAGGUGAUCUACAGACUGGUUGGAGUUCAGGUUUAAAAGCUUUUUGAAGGGAAUGUCUAUCCUUCACGACUGGGAUGUAACAAAAGCAAUCUCAAAUGACAGAGCAGUGCUGUAGUAACCUGGGAUGUUAUCCAGGGGUUCCUUGGGAAGUUGUCUUUAAGGACAUUGGCCAGAUGCUGCAAGAAAAUUGUAGAAAUUCAGUGCAACUACACUUUACCAUCUAUGUAAAGAUAAACUGGGUUCAGUUUUUAAUAUUCUUAAGACAUUUUGUCAAAUCAUUUUAGGAAAUCAAAAUUCUCUGAAGAAAUAUGUUUUGCAUAUGUCACUCAACAAUGUCUUACUACCACUAGCACAUUGUGAAUAGAUGUAUUUCAUUUAAUUUUGUGCUCUCAAUGAUUAUGAAAAAUUACGUUUAAAGCUGCAGCAAAAAGUCUGAGCCAAAUGUCUGCGACCUACAUGUAUUUUUAACUAACAUAGUUUUUAUCUAAAAUAAUAACCUAUAUAUUCCAUCUAGGGGCUGCGUGGUGGUGCAGUGGUUAGAGCUGUUGCCUUGCAGCAAGAAGGUCCUGGGUUUGCUUCCCGGCCUGGGAUCUUUCUGCAUGGAGUUUGCAUGUUCUCCCUGUGCAUGCGUGGGUUCUCUCCGGGUAUUCCGGCCUCCUCCUACAGUCCAAAUAAAUGACUGUUAGGUUAAUUGGUCUGUCUAAAUUGUCCCUAGGCGUGAGUGUGUGUGUGUGUGUGCAUGAUUGUUUGUCCUGUGUUGCCCUGCGAUGGACUGGCUCUCCAGGGUGUACCCUGCCUAAUUGCCCAUUGGCCGGUGGAGAUAGGCACCAGCCCUCCCCGUGACCCUACAUGGACAAGCGGGUUCAGGCAAUGGAUGGAUGGAUAUUCCAUGUAUAUAUCCAUCUGGAAUUGCUGCCAGUCUGUUAGCAUGACUGCAGCAACACUGCUAACCGUGUUAGCUCCGGUAAGGAAAAAUAGUCAUUUGGGAAAGCUAGGACACACACACACACACACACACACACACACACACACACACACACACACACACACACACACACACACACACACACACACACACACACACACACACAGAUAUGAUCCAAAAGAUGGUCCACAUAUUUCAACAACAGAUCCUUCUGAGACCGGUAAAGCCUUAGUGCCAUCCUGGAUUACUACAAACUACAAAUAAUAAUAAUAAUUCUACAAAUGUGAACAAAUUGUACCGAUUUUGGUUCUGAAGAUGAACAGAAUCCUCCCUGAUGUCCAGAUCGAGUCACGGGUCUACUGAGUCAGUCUAAAACAUGGCUGCACCUCGGCAUUCCAGCUAGCAGGUAGUGGGAGUUUGGUUGAACAUCUCUGGUAAUCCAAUGUCCGUUCUCAUCAUCCUAUCCCAGAAAAAAAAAAUGAAAAUCUAACCGACUAGCAGAGGUUUCAGAAGCUACACCUGACUGAUUGCACUGUGUUGUCUGCUAUAAUGCUAACGCAGAAACACCGGAGAUCUUCUAAUGCCUCCACUAGCUGUUUGUGGAGUGUUCCCACGAGUGAUGUCAUCAGCCUGUUUGGGCUCAGAUUAGAAGCCAUCUUUGGUUCGAGAGCACUAUUUAAAAACACUGGAUUAUUUUUAUAAUCCAGCCAUGAAAAACUUUCUUCUGUAGAUUUUUUAACACUGUUUUACACAUGCCAUUCAAAGAAAUUUUGCCUCUAGCUAAUUCAUUAAGUGAUCUUCACGAAAAACUGAAGCUGGACAACACCAGGACUAACACAUUGAUAACAAAAUUCUUCUAACUGUCCGUGUUGGCAUGAGAAGACACAGCAACAAGGCUGGCUUCUGACUGUUCCUCCUACAGUCUGACUAAGAUCAUACAUAAUUUGAUUCCACAGCCGACCUACUGAGAGAAAACAUUUCAUUUGUUCGGUAAUUCAUUUGCCAUCGCAAAAACCUGUGAACAUUUACACAGGACUGAUAGCACCUCAUUGUCUUCCUAGAAACAGAGCUAUAGAAAACUUCUUAUUGGAGAAAAAACUUGCUACAUUAAACGAAAACCUCAAACUCAAACUGAGAUAUUCCAAAAUCUCAUCUCAUCAGGCCCAACUAAAGACCUAAAGGUCAUCCCUUUGUGUUAAUAGGUCUUGGGUAGGGAUGCCCUGAUACAGAUACCAGGAUUCGUAUUGAGUUUGACACCUUAUGCCUGUACUUGUACUUUACAACACUUUACAACAGCACUGCCAGAGUCGCCACUUUCACGAGCAGUCGUGACAGAGAGGGGCGGCGCCGAUGGUGUAAAAGUAGCAUCAUCAAGAAGACAAGAGUUCUGACACUCUCAUAGUCAGUAAAAACGAUAAGGGGAUCAUGUGGUUCAUGUAUCGGCAACUUACUCCAAACACGCAUAGCUUAUAUGGCUCUGUGUAAUUCAAAGUGAAUCAGGAAGAAAAUGCUGAAGCAGAAUGUAAAUUUUAAAAUCUGUGUUCUGGAGCCAAAGUUUGAGGGACACAGUGUUAGUCAAACUACACGUGUUUGUGUGGUGGCACAUUCAAAGUUUGCUAGGAGACAUAUUUGCCUUUGGUGUCACAACAGAUAUUUGGAAAAGCAGCCUUAGUGUUAGCCCUGUACCCUUCAUUAGCUUAACAGCUCAGUGGGUCAACAAAUAUUGAACUCUGCAGUCAUUUUGCAUGCAAAACUGUUUUAGGUGUCCCUUAAAAGUCAAGUUAUAACAGAUGUGUUUGAUGAUAUGGUUCAGAAGUGGGGAAUUACUAAAGGUCCCUUCCAUAAUGUGUUUCUUGAUGAUGCAAAAAACACGAUAAAAGCCAUGAGUUACGCAGGACUCCCAAACCUUCUGUUGCAGCUGGUGGUUAAUGGGAGAAGUGUGGCUAAUUGCAAAUGGAAAAUAGUCAGACAUUUUAAACAUUCCACCUUUAAUACUAUGCUAUACUAAUGUAUUAAAACUUGGUAACUUUGAUUACUCAACUGACAGUAACAUCUCACAAGUUGAAAAAAAUGAUAUUGUGCAUCCCUUGUCCACAGGUUCGUUCUAUGGGUUUAGGGGUCACUUGUAUGGGUCUACUGGUCCCCUCUGUGGGUCUACAUGUCCCAUCUGUUGGUCUAGUUUUCCCUUCUAAAGGAUCUAGAUUUCCCGUUUGUAGUAGUAGUAGUAGUAGUAGUAGUAGUAGUAGUAGUAGUAGUAGUAGUAGUAGUGGUGAUGUAAUGGUCCCCUCUGUGUGUCUAGGUCGUCCGCACCCCCCAUGGGCCUUUAUGGUUUACCACUGCUUUAAGGUUUAAUAGGAAUGCAAAGCUUUCUCUCACUGAUGGCAAUAACUCUCUUUAAAAUAGUGCAAAAACAUACCAGUGUUUUUAUUCCAUAUGUUUCUUUUGUUUUCUGUCAGAAAUCCUUUAGAUCAUUUCAAACAUUUCCAUUCUGUCCUUUCUGUAAAUACUGAACCUUUAAAUAUGUAAAAAGGCAGAGUUGGGUUACUACGACUGCACAACUUAAAAGGCACUUUAUUAAAGCUAUGGUGAUGUUGUGUCUGCAUAAAAAAAACUUUAGGAUCAAGGGGAGAAAACUAACAGAGCCCAUCACUACUGUUGAUAGAUGCAACAAUCCUAUUAUUAGGAAAAGCAACCCAUGUCUGCAUACACAAUAAAACUAACAUGCUUAAAUGUCUCAGUUAAUAUUUCCUUAAGUCAGACUUCUGAUUCUGUAUAUCUCUAAAAUGUUUGACUGUAAAAUUCAAUGUACAUAUAGUUCAUGACGUUCACUCAGAUGGUGCAAUAAUAUUAUUUUUCUCAAGCUGUUGAUAAAAUCAAAACCUACUUUUGUAAAUUCAUUACAUACUUCAAAAUGUUUAAUAUUAGCAUAAUAUUAACAUAAACAUUGGUAAAAGCCACAGUUGUGUUCAGCUCCAUUUUACCAAACCAAAUCACAUACUGGUAUUGUUUUUUUUUUCUUUUAUUAGUACAGCUUUUUUAUGUUUAACAUUCAUAAUCUGCUUUAAUUCCAAAGCUUUUAGAUCCAAACCAGUGAGCAACAUAUAGCCCUAUUAACGGCUGAUCUUUGUAUUGUAGUCUUCACCCUUGUUGGACUUUAAUUUUAACAUACAUUCACUUUAGUUUAUUAUGAGGGCACUUUCUAAAGACUGCACAGUGGUGCAGUGGUUACCACUGUUACCCUGCAGGAUCCCAGCUGUGUGUUCGUUUUGUUUUUUAAUUUAGUAGGGGCAAUGGCUUGAUGGUGGUUGGAGGAGUAGAUGGUGGAUGCUUGUAAAGGGGUCUGCUUUGGCUUUUCUCUGUACAUGUUAACAACAAGCUGAAGAACAGUAGACCAUGAGCUUUUCCAUGAAGAUGGAAAAUAUGGCACGUUGGUAUCAGUAUCUAUAAAUUGGUGACAACAGAAGGUAAACUCAACCUAAGGAAAAAAAAUUCCAAAAAAUCUUUUCAUCGAUCAAAACUAUUUUAUACACUGUAUUAUGGGUAUAUGGCCUUUAAUGAAGGGCAUAAAAUGUAACUUAUACUUAAUCAUAAUGUUUUCCUUCUCUAUGCACCUUAAAAGUAAGUGACGUGGUACCAGAACUUUCUGCAAACUCAAAUUAAAGUAUUGUCUUAUUACAAGGUAUGGUCAUCAGGAAAAAAGAAAUGCAUUCCAAUUUUGUCAUAAGCUCCUUUUUGUCUUUUUCCAACUGGCUGUUCAACUGAAAACCAAAGGAUAUGCUCUGAUGAGUGCACAGAAGGUGGCAGAACUCCGAACUGAAAUUAACUAGGGACCCCUUUCCAAGACAGUGACCUCCCUGGCAAGGAUCUAAAUCCUUCUUUGGAAGAGAGUAAAUACUUCAAACACAUUAAAUGGAACAACUAAAGAAUUUGUUGCCAAUGGUUAGAAUGACUGUUACCUUCUGAAUAUGGACGAGGCGUGAUAAAAAUCCAUAGACAGAUGAGACCACGGUUGACAAAGUAUGAAAUACAGACAGAGAUGACCAGCACUGAGUGGCUGACAGACUUAAGAGGAUGGACUGGAGUCACUGGACACAAUCCCUAACAUUCGUUCUACCGAUUGGGCAAUGAAAACACCCCAAAAUUACAAACAGAGUGAGAUUUGUACUUGGAUGACAGAUUUAAUUUGAGGAAAAACUGAAUUUUGAACAUGAGAUGGUCUAGAGUAAAAUAAGGAUAAUUCUUUUGAAGAACCAGCUUCAGCAGAAACUGUAGAAAAGUCUGUAAAAACAUUCUUUCAAAGCCCAGAAAUCUCACAGCAAGACAUGUAGAAGAUGGAAGGAUACAUUCCUAUCUGUAAUUUUCAUCUAGAUGUUUUCCUGAGAUAAAACGCUGGCAGGGAAGACUGUAAAGGUGAAUGUUUUUGGUCCCCAGUACCAAAGAAUGGGGCCCAUCUAGCCUGUUGGGUUCAAUCUUUUCAUCCCAUUAAGAGACGGUAUGACUGGUCAAGACCACAAACAAUUCUUCCUGUUGACUCCAGUGAUGCCACUCUUCUAGGGUUAGUUUGAGAUUCAGUAAUGGUGAGAUAGAUAAAUAAUCCAACUAUCCAAAUACGGGUCUGCAAGGGAGAUCCAGGUUCCAGUUGAUAGAAGGAUACAUCAGGAUCAGGUAAGUAGAGGGUAAGUGAUGUAAUGAGAGUCCAGGAAAACACGCAGGACUUCCUAAAAAAAUUAUGCAACAAAAUGCUGUGAGAGUACGAGGGAGGCAAGCCAGGUUUCUAAACAGAAUAAAGACAAUGCAUAACCAUCCAGAAGUCCCAAACAGCAGGUGCCAGAUCCACAAUACCAAGUAAGGUCAAACUCCUAAAGUUAAAUAACCAGGAGAGAGGCACAUUGAUCAAAAUCUGCAGAACCAACAAGGAUCAGACGAAGGUAAAACUACAAAGGUCAGUCUGCUCAAAACCUCAGGAUAGAGCACUUUGGGAGAUUCAGGUGGGAAUGCUGCAACAGAAAUGGUUGAUCUGGUGUCUUGGUGGGGGAAAGGUGGGCUUCCACUCAGAUAGACACAAGAGCAGGGAAUCACAGUAAUCAAUGAACAGGUAUGGGUUAGAAAAACAAACAAACGAGAACAGGCUCAAACUAUGGAAGUUGUUCUAUUUAGAUGUCUUCUCUUUAUGGUAGAUUAGUCAUCUUGAUCUGCAGGGAUUCUUUACCAUGGAAUGGAUGUUGAUAUAUAUAUAUACACACACAUAUAUAUAUAUAUAUAUAUAUAUAUAUAUAUAUAUAUAUAUACUUUUUGCUCCCCAUUUUUUUUACCACAACACUUUUCAAAUCUGUUGAUUUAUUCAAAUUCAGUUUUGAUUAUAGCUUUGAUUUUGGUGUUUAUUUUUUUUUAUAAUUCUUCAAACCUAAGAACCCAGAACCCCCCCCCCCCCCCCCCCCCCAAAAAAAAAAAAACAAGUAAUGUCUGCUGAUCAAGUUUGAAACCCUUUGAGUAAACAGUGGUGAACAUUGCCCAACUGUGCAGUCUGACACAAUCAUUAGUUCAAUGGAAUUUCUUUGCCCUCAGUUGUGUGUAAACAUGCAUGGAUGCAUGUGUGUGUGUUCAUGCCACGAUGGACUGGCAUCCAGUUCAGGGCAAUUUAGAAACAACUUUUGAGAACUUUUUGUUCCUUUUGCGCAACAGCAAGUAUUUAGGGUAACAUUUGCCUCUAUAAGUAGUAGGGUUAGGGUCAGGUCCCUUCAGCUGUGAAACAUCUGUAUUCAUCUACAGACUAAAUAGCACAAUAGUACCAUAACAGUAGAGAGCGCAUCUGAUUCAUCUGUCUUCAUAAUUCCGAUUUUCAGAAUCUUUUAUUUAAACUCUGUUUAUAUAUUUAACCAUUGUAUUUUAUAAAAAUGUUGAAUGACAUAUUUUUGAAUAUUUGAAUUAUAUUAUUAAUAAAAAUUUUCAUCAUUUUUUUAACAUUACUAAUGCAUUUCUGAUUUUUGUGAAUGAUUCAAACUACAUGUUAAUUUGUCACAAGCGUGCUCAGAGGCGUUGUUAGGAUGUGUAAACACUGGGGGCUUGGCCCACAAAUACUUUAAUUUUCUUACAAUAGUUGCAUCGUUAUGACGUAAUUUAAGAGUACAAUUAAUAUAAAACAUGCUGUAACAGUUGUUUUCCUAGGAUGGCUUUUUCCAAUGUGAAAUAAAAACAAGAUAUCAAUCAGA